AUGAAUAAUCGUUCCUUGGAAAUGGAUAUUCGGCAGCGCCGUUCAGUGGAUCAUAGGAAUUGUUUCCAUCGUUCAUCCCCCCACCACAGACACAGCAAGAUGGCGAAAUCCAUGGGCUUCAAUCCUGCCGCGGGGCUUUCCGGCCUGCUGAAAGACGGACACAAGCACUUCGAAGGAGUCGACGAAGCCGUGGCGAAGAACAUCGAAGCCGUGAAGCAGCUCGCCGACAUUUCUCGCACGUCGCUCGGCCCGAACGGCAUGCGUAAACUUGUCAUUAACCACUUGGACAAGAUCUUUGUCACGUCGGACACGGCGACGAUCGUGCAAGAACUGGAAGUCGUCCAUCCCGCCGCCAAGAUGGUCGUAAUGGCCGCCAAGAUGCAACAGACCGAGUUUGGCGACGCGACAAAUUUGGUCGUGAGCAUCGCCGGGGAAUUGCUCAUGCAAGCCGCGGGGUUGUUGCGCAUGGGACUCCACGCGUCCGAAAUUGUAACAGGAUACAAAAAGGCGUACGAAAAGGCCCUCGAGAUCCUGAACACGCUCGAAGUCCACACCGUCCGCGACGUGCGGAUCCAGGCCGAGCUCGAAAAGAUCAUCCGGCCCGUGGUCGGCGCCAAGCAGUACGGGUACGAAGACGUGCUGGCGACGUUGGUCGCAGAAGCGGCCUUGACCGUGUUUCCCAACAAGCCCAAGGCGGCCAAGAUCAACGUGGACAACAUCCGCGUGACCAAGAUCAUGGGCGGCAACGUGUUCGACUCGCGCGUGGUCAAGGGCAUGGUCGUGCAGCGCGACACGGAAGGCAGCGUGAAGAAGGUGGACGGCGCCAAGGUGGCCGUGUUCGGGUGCGGCAUCGAAGUGAGCUCCACGGAAGCCAAGUCGACGGUGCUCAUCAAGACCGCGGACGAGCUGAUGAACUACAACAAGGGUGAGGAGGAGCGUCUGGACGAAGCGAUCCGCGCCAUCUCGGAAAGCGGCGCCACCGUGGUCAUUGCCGGCGGGUCGAUCUCGGAAAUGGCGCUACAUUUCCUGGAAAAGUACCAUUUGCUGUCGAUCCGCAUCCAAAGCAAGUGGGAACUCCGCCGGUUGUGCCGCGCCGUGAACGCGACCGCGCUCGUCCGGCUGGGGGCGCCAACCCCCGAGGAGAUGGGGUUCUGCGACCACGUGUCGGUCCAAGAGGUUGGCGGCAAGAAGAUCACGGUGUUCCGACAGGAUCAAGAGGACGCCAAGAUGGCCACCAUCAUUCUGCGGGCGAGUACGGAUAACGUGCUGAAUGACUUGGAACGGGCAAUUGAUGACGGCGUGAACACGGUGAAGGCGGCAUGCAAGGACGGCCGAUUUGUCGCCGGCGGCGGUGCCACGGAGAUUGAAGUGGCGCGUCAGAUUGAAGCGUUUGGCAACACGAUCCCGGGCUUGGAUCAGUACGCGAUCAAAAAGUUUGCGGAAGCGCUCGAGAUUGUGCCGCGAAUGCUCGCAGAGAACGCGGGCCAGCAAGGCACGGAAGUGAUUUCAUCUUUAUACGCGGCCCACGGCGCCGGCAAGGCCAACGCGGGCGUGGACGUCGAGUGCGAGAGCGAGACGGGCGUGGUGGAAAACAUGCUGGCAGCCAACGUGGUCGACCAUUUGGAGACGAAGAAGGCGGCGCUGCGCCUUGGCGCGGACGUGGCCAUCACGGUGCUGCGAGUAGACCAGAUCAUCAUGGCCAAGGCGGCGGGGGGGCCCAAGCCCCGAGGCGCCUAA